AAACACGGUUUAGAGUUUUUAGAGAGAUCACAAACACCAAGUCGUAGGAAUGUCAGUGUCUUUCUCUUCAACCUCUCUAACAUUCUCGGAAUCUUCAUUCUCAUUCCCAAGACCGACCCAUCUUGGUCACCCAAUCACUGGUGCAUGGAACAGAUUUCAUUCAGUUACAGGUGGUGGUGGUCUUGUACUGAAUGUUGGAGGUACCAGCUUCUGUCGAAGGUUUCGUGGUUUCAAACUGUGGAUACUUGAGAGGCUUAACUUCCAACAAACAAAGCAGUGUAAGAGUAGAAAUCACUUCAAAAAUAGUAUGGCAAAAGAUUUAUCAAAUGAAAAGGGAUCACUCUCUCAUUCAUCCUCAACUCUUCAUGUUCCUGAUGAUAAGGUCACUUCCAUGGUGUCUCCAUCAUUACUGCAAACAAGUUCCACCAGCUCUCCCAUGGAUGAUGGUAGAGCACCCUCACUUUGCAUUGCUGUCAUAGGAGCCACUGGUGAGCUGGCAAGGAGUAAGGUUUUCCCAGCUUUAUUCGCCCUGUACUACAGUGGAUUUCUUCCUGAGAAUGUAGCCAUUUUUGGGUAUUCAAGGAAGAACAUGACUGAUGAAGACCUGCGAUCCAUUAUUGCUUCAACAUUAACAUGCCGAGUUGAUCAUCACCAGAAUUGUGGGGACAAAAUAGAUGCUUUCCUUGGUAGAACAUUCUACAUUAAUGGAGGCUAUGACAACAAAUAUGGGAUGUCCAUGCUGAAUGCCCAAAUGGAGCAAAUCGAGGGAAGAUCCAAAACCAACAGGAUAUUCUACCUUUCUGUGCCACAAGAAGCACUUUUGGAUGUUGCUUCAUGUGUUGCAAGCAGUGCUCAGACUCAAAAGGGAUGGAAUCGCGUAAUUGUUGAGAAGCCAUUUGGCUUUGAUGUGCUCUCUUCCCAUAGGCUGACACAAUAUCUUCUUUCAAAGUUUGAGGAAAAGCAAAUAUACAGGAUUGAUCAUCUUCUAGGAAGGAAUCUCAUCGAAAAUCUCACAGUUUUAAGGUUUUCAAAUCUAGUUUUUGAGCCACUCUGGAAUCGUGCUUACAUACAUAAUGUACAGGUGGUAUUAUCAGAGGACUUGGGCGUGCAUCCUGGAAGGUAUUUCAGUGGCUAUGGGAUUAUCCGUGAUAUUGUUCACAGUCAUGUGCUCCAAACAAUUGCAUUGCUUGCCAUGGAACCACCAAUAAGCCUUGAUGGAGAAGAUAUUCGAAAUGAAAAGGUCAAGGUUCUGAGGUCAAUUCGCGAAUUGGAGCCUAAAGAUGUCAUUCUUGGCCAGUAUAAAGCAAGUAGCAGAGACAAGGUUGAUGUUUGCUUAAAUGGUCUGACACCUACUUAUUUCGCUGCUGCACUUUACAUUGACAAUGCACGGUGGGAUGGCGUGCCAUUUUUGGUUAAAACGGGCUUGGGACUCAUCAAACACCAAAUGGAGAUACGGAUUCAAUUUCGUCACGUUCCAGGAAAUGUUUACCAUGAAUGCAUCGGGCAUAACGUUGACCGUGCCAUAAAUGAGCUCAUUCUUCGUGAUGUUCCUGAUGAAGCUAUGGUGGUGAGAGUUAACAAUAAGGUUCCAGGAUUAGGCUUACAACUGGACUCUUCAGAAUUAAAUUUGCUUUACAAGGACAAGUACAACAUGGAGGUGCCGGAUUCAUACGAGCAUCUUCUGCUUGAUGUCAUUGAUGGUGAUAACCAUCUUUUUAUGAGAAGUGAUGAGGUGGCAGCUGCGUGGAACAUUCUAACUCCAAUUCUGAACGAGAUAGACAAGGACAAUAUUUCAGUCGAGCUUUAUGAGUUGGGGGGUCGCGGUCCAGUUGGGGCAUACUACCUAUGGGCAAAACACGGUGUCCGUUGGUUAGAGGACUAGCAUUUCACUCUUUCUUUCUUCUUAUAACUUGUUAUAUAAUAAACUAUAAAAAAGGACAACCUCAUAAGGACUUUUGAUUUUCCCGGACCCAACCUCAUAAGGACUACCACGGCUUUGUAAUAAGUAUUUUGGAAGAAACUUCAACGGAUGAAUUGCUUCAUUUUUGUAUUUUAUCGACAAUUGAAUA